UUUCGAGAUUCACGUAUCUAUUCUAUUCUUAGUUAAUGCUUUCACAAUAUACAAAUCCGUAUAGAUAGCGCGUCGGUUGAACGUGACGUUAAGUUUUUGACCGUUUGAUUGUGAAUCGUUUUUCCUCGCGGAAAAAUAUUUAUUAAUAGUCUCGAAAAUACAAAAGAAAAUGUCGUCGAGUGAUAUAAAUAUGUUAGUCGACAUGGGUUUCAGCAUAUAUAAAGCGCUCUUGGCUCAUUCAAAUGAUGCUGAACCAUCAUCUGAACCACCGACUACUGAAAGUGCACCGAUGUCUAAUCCUGAAACAUCAGACCAACAAGACACUGCCGAUGCUAGUAGUCAGGUGUCCACUACCGAAGUUGCUAACUCUAUGAAAUGUGAUAUCUGUGGAAAAUUGUUUAAAUCUAAUUUAGAAGUUGAAUUCCAUGCAACAAAAUCUGGGCACGAUAGAUUCUCUGAAAGCACGGAAGAGAAAAAACCUCUUACAGAGGAGGAGAAGAAGGAGCAAUUACGAAUAUUAACAGAAAAAUUAAAACAAAAAAACAAAAAACGAGAGGAGCAAGAAAAGAAAGAUGCGCAAGCAAGAGAAAAAAAUAGAAUAAAAUCAGGAAAAGAAAUGACUCAAGCUAGAAGAAAGUUAGAGGACCUAAAAAUGAAAAAGUUGUUAAAUGAAAGGAAACGUGAAAAAGAGGAAGAAAAAUUAGCAUGGCAAAGGGUUAAAGAACAAAUUGAGACUGAUAAAGCUGCCAGGCGUGCCAAAGCUGAUGCUCAGAAAGCAUUAGCAGCAUCUCCUUCUACACCAUCAUCCUCCACUAGUACUUAUCGAAAAGAAUAUAAUGAUACAAAAUUACAAAUUAGGCUUACUAAUGGACAAACAUUAACACAAAGCUUUGGAAAUAAAGAAAAAUUGUCUGCUGUGAGAUUGUUUAUAGAAAUUAAUAGGACAGAUGCACCUGGUCCGUUUAGUUUAAUGACAAAUUUUCCAAAGAAAAUUUUCAUGGAAGAAGAUUAUGAAGCUCCACUUAAUGCUUUAGGCCUAACACCAUCUGCGGUUUUAAUUGUUCAAAAGAAAAUGGAAUAAUCAUAUUAAAUAUGAUUAUAGAUACUACUUGCUACGCAGUCAACAAUAUGAUUUUUCAGCUAUUUCAUUGUAAAAUACUUUACAGAUUGUUUACAAAAAACCAGCAUUUUGUCACCUUCUAUUUCUAAAACAUUCUCUAUUUAUAAUUUAUAAUAAAGAUAAAAAUAUAUAUACAUUUGGAAAUAUGAUUGUUUUAAAUUUUUAAUUCCUUUAGAGAUGCAAAAUAUA